UGCAGGCAGAGAGCAGCAGUCACACAGACACUUGCCGUGAGGAGCUGAGCUGCCUGUUGCAUGCCAUGGCAGCCUUUCACCACAUACUUCUCCUGCUCUCUGUGGCUGUUGCUCCUUCUGCGGCGCGAAGUUCCCAGCGGACUAAAAGAGGACUGCUGGAGCUGGCGGGGGCCAUCAAAUGCAGCACAGGGAGAUCUGCUCUGUCCUACAUGAUGUACGGAUGCUACUGUGGACUGGGUGGUCAAGGCUGGCCAAGAGACCGAACAGACUGGUGUUGCCACAAACAUGACUGCUGCUACGGGAAAGCAGAAGAGCUUGGCUGCCAAACCAAAACAGACCAGUAUCAUUGGACAUGUGAAGACAAGAAAGCUGAGUGUGAUGAUCUGGACGACAAAUGUGAAAAGUUCCUUUGCAAGUGCGACAGAGACGCAGCCAAAUGUUUGAGAAAAGCACCUUUCCUCCAGAAAUAUACCUUAUGGCCAGAUUUCAUGUGUGGUAAUGAACACCCUAUGUGUAGCAUGUACUGAUUCAAUAAACACACCUUCAUAUCCUGUGUGCCUUUCAAAAAGACAAUAAAAUGCAGUCAG